AUGGCGUCUUUUGCAGCCGGUGACUUGACAGAUCGAGUAGUCGCGCUGAUAGCCUCGACACUUGAAAUGCAGGCUGAGGCUUCCGUCGAGCCACCCAAGAUCUUCAUCGGAGACGUCAUUUGCACCAUUGAGGAGCAACUUGCACGACUCCCUGAUAUGGCAAAAUUGCUUCCCUCAGAGCGCUCCAAGUUGGACGCGAUUGGAACAGAAUUAUGGAAUGUAUGCCGCAGUCCAUCAAGGUCCUCGAAUCUAGAAGACAAAGAGACAGUGGAGAUGUACAGCAGAGUGUUGGCCGUGGCCUUUGCGCUCGUUGAUAUCACUUCGCCUUACAAUGCUCAAGGUUACUCACAAUCAAUAGGUUUAAGGGAAAAGUGGCUCAUUAGUUACACAGGUCAUGUCAGGGCUUUAGAGGUGGCAUUUGAAGCAGCUCACAUUUGUAUUGAGACUGCCCCGCUAGACUACACCCUUAGAAUACUGAAGGUGGUAGCAAAGCGGCUCAACUCAUUAGAAGCUUCUGACCCUGCCAUCGAUCAGGUUCAGCUGGACUCUAUUUCGACCGAGUACUACAUGUUUCGCGUGCAUCUGGCUUGGCGACAAGGCCGAUCUGACAUUGCCGAUCAUCUCUUUGCAAAAGUGCCAUUGAAAGCUUCAAUCAACAAUCGUUCGGUUGUCGUCGAGAGAUGUCUCCAUGUUGGCCGCGGUGCACUCGAAGUUGGCCAAUAUGAUGCUUCGAUCAAAUGGCUCGAAACUGCACUCGAGCAGAUGCAAGAGAUCCCGGAAGAUCAGGGACUGGGUUUGAAAAAUCUGACCCUUCACGUUCGGCAUACUCUCGGUCAGUCUGUUCAGGCUGGAUUAUGGAAGAAAUGA